UCGCAUCCUGAUUGGUUGGUGUUUAGCGGGCUGAAUCAUGGCGGAAAGCGAGAACGGAGGAGCUGCGAAAAGAUUGAAAACCGAUGCGAAGAAUGACUGCGGAGACGCGGGAGAGCCAAUAUCCGACAGCCUGGUCUCGGACUUCAAAAUCAGCCGAGUUCUGCGCGACUGUGCGCGGGAGAAGAACAUCUUCAUCCAUGGGAAGGUGAAGGAUCAAGACGCUGUUGUGAUCCUGGAGAAAACUCCCAUCAGACAGGACACGCUGUCUGAGUUACUGAAGAGCAGUCAACUCAAGCUGGAGAUGAAGAACGAUGUGUACAGCACAUACCAGCUGCAGGCUCCUGCGCACCUGAACGAGAUCAAAACGACAGUGGUGUGCCCUGCGACAGAGAAGCAUGUUAAGAAGUAUUUGCAUCAGGAGGUUUUUCUGGUUGAAGAAUCGGGAGAGGAUUAUCGUAACCUCACUCUACCGUACAUCAGCAGUCAGAGCUUCAGUGUGCAGUGGGUGCAUAACAUAUUGGAGAAGAAAGCUGAGGCUGAUCGGAUUGUUUUUGAGGAUCCAAACCCCGAUACUGGUUUUGUUCUGUUGCCCGAUUUCAAGUGGGAUCAAAAGCAGCUACAAGACCUUUAUUUGAUUGCUAUUGUCCAUCGGAGGGAUGUUAAAAGUUUAAGAGAUCUUACAUCAGAGCACUUGCCGUUACUCACAAACAUUCGCAGUAAAGGAGAGGAUGCCAUUCAGCGGCAGUACAGCGUCCCUCCGAGCAAACUGCGCGUGUAUCUCCACUAUCAGCCAUCAUACUAUCACCUCCAUGUCCAUUUUACCUCUGUGGAGUACGACGCUCCAGGUUGCAGAGUGGAAAGAGCCCACUUGCUUUCCGAUGUCAUUCAGAACUUGCAGGCAGAUUCCAGUCACUAUCACAAUCGUAGCCUGGCGUUCCCGCUGCGGGCCGAUGAUGGUUUGCUUCUUAAGUUCAAAGAGGCUGGGAAAGUCUAGAGACGUGAUUUUUGGGAACUUUUUUUUUAUUUUAUUUUUUAACUUUAUAAAUGUUCUAUAAGUAUCUGUACACUGCUUUUAAAAAGAUGCAUUAUUACAGUAUCUACUAGAUGUAUUGUUAAAAGGUCAUGUUUUGACCUUUUGUUAGUAGUUUUAUGUCUAAAACCAGUUAGAUUUUUGUCAUCAACUGCAUUUUCAUUAAAGUACUCAUUGUUUUUAAAUUGGA